CAGAAUUCAUGCAUCCGAAUCUUUUCCGGAUUCCAAGUUGUGCUCAGCAACAGCAGGGCUACGCAGAUCCUCCGAAUGUUGGGCUGCAUAUUGAUCUAUAUGCGUUGGCGGUAAGCCUGGUUGAGGACUGUUUUCUUACCAUUGGGAAAAGAGAUAUGUCGCGUGUUUUCGUGGCCGCAAUUGCAUUUGGACGUUUCGAGGACUUUGGCAAUCCUUCUUUUCAGCCUUAUCAGCUUGGCUUGGGGGAUCCGGGGCUUGGCGGGAAGCUGCCCUAUGACAAACGUGAUCCUAACCUUCAUGAAAACUGCUCCUUGCAGGAUCGGGGCCGCUCGUCGAUAGCUGAAAUGUGGAAUUCUCGUCGUGGGCCCGAUCCCGCAUGUAUUUGCUACAAUGGUUUCGAGCAGGCGAGGAUUACACAGCUUUUCCAAAUUGGGGCUGAUCAUGAGGAUGGAUUUGGACGCCUAUCCUCUCGUCCAGUUAAGAUAUUAGGAAAACCAGAGUGGGAAGGUCUUGGUGAAUUUGUGGCAGGGUGCCUCGAUUUUACUGCGAUGCUGGUGCCGAUCCCUGAUGAGAAUGGACGACCAGGCUCCCUCGGUGAAAAGCUGGCAUACCAACGCGUGUCAGGCGAUGAUGGGCUUGCUCCAUUUGCUGUGCCUAAAGCUGGCGCACAAGAUAUGAACGGACUUGGACAUAACAUGGCUUAAGUAUUUAACUUAAAGAAAUCUUAGGCAUCUUGCCGAAUAUAUUCAAGUCUUCAAUUAUUUAUUAACUCCUCCAAAAAGUGUAUUCAUUUUGUUCAGCCUUCUAGGCUUAUCCCUCCAAUCAAGAUGUUGCUCAGCCAUAACUGUAACUCGGAAAAGCUGAAAAUAUAAACAGUAAACUUUGACAGUGUAGCUUUCGUUUGCUAGGACAUGGACACUAUUCAACAUUGCGCGACCUUCAUAUAGUCCACACGCGACAUUAUGUGUCUGUGUAUGUCUUAUUCUUCAUCUGAAUAAUUCUACUAGAAUUGGCGCGGGUGUUGUAAUUCUGCGAGAGCGUCUUCAGAACUGCUCCCUUCUCUAAUUAUUAGCCAGGACAGGAGGCAGUCGCACAGCGAGACGCGGAGCAGCAAAAACAAGAAGGAAGGCCGACAUUUCUGCCUCCGCAGGCCAAAGUACAUCUUUCGAAAGCUCAUGAAGCAGCUGAUCCGGGACCGGGUGCGAAAGAUGACUCAGAUGCAGUGCAACUACAUCAAGAGGACGGACGAGGACGAGGUGACUCACCUGGUGCGGAUGCAGCUGCUCCUGACGCAACUCUGUCUGCGGC